AUGUCUCUGAGCAGGAGUCCGUCGCCGAUCCCCGGGGGCGGCUGGUCGUCUCCUGGACUCAUGAGCUCCAGCGGCCGGUCGUCACCUGCGAAACAAACCUUUGGCGGCUCCAAUGGCAACAAUGUGACGUGGGAGUCUGCGAGGAUGAAGACUCAGGGCGUCUCGAACUAUCCAUCCUUCUCGACACAGAACCAGGGCUUCUUCACCCGGCACAUGCGCCGCAUCUCGUCCAGCUUGCCCUCCUUCCAUGCACCCGACGACGACAAGUAUGCCGACAAGGAGAAACUCGGGCGAGGACGGUGGGCGGGUCCCGUGCUAGGCACGGCCGCAAGAAUAUCCAGCAAGGCGGGCAGGAAAACCAAGAUUGUUGCCGCCAUUAUUGGCGCCUUCAUCGUCCUGCACUGCCUCUUCUACUGGACUCCCCUCGUUCACUACUGGAGGAGAAGCCCCUUGCUUGGUGGUGGAGAGAAAUUCGUCAUUGUCCUUGCCGCCAACAUUGGCGGAGGAGUCAUGGAGUGGAAAGGCGCACGAGAGUGGGCCAUAGAACGAGACAGUGUGCGAAACAAGCGCAAAUACUCCGAUAACUGGGGAUACGACCUUGAAAUCGUCGACAUGAGCACCAAGAAGCGAUAUGCGCACGAGUGGCGUGAGAGCUGGGAGAAGGUCGACAGCAUCCGCAAUGCCUUUGCUAAGUACCCAAAGGCAGAGUGGGUAUGGUGGCUCGACCUCAAUACAUACGUCAUGGAACCGCAGCGGUCUCUGCAGAAGCACAUCUUUGACGACCUCACCAAGAACAUCUACCGCGACAUCAACGUGUACAAUCCCCUCAACAUAACACACCCGCCCACGGACAUCUUCCUCGAUCCCGACUCGCUGAGCCCCAUAGGCGACGGCAAUCCAGCUUCGAUCAACAUGAUACUGUCGCAGGACUGUUCUGGCUUCAACCUUGGCUCGUUCUUCAUGCGCAGGAGCGAAUGGACGAACCGCCUGCUGGAUAUCUGGUGGGAUCCCGUGCUGUAUGAGCAGAUGCAUAUGCAGUGGGCGCACAAGGAGCAGGAUGCUUUCCAGCAGCUGUACCGCUCUCAGCCAUGGAUUCGCAAGCACACGGCAUUCCUGCCGCAGCGGAUGAUCAACUCGUUCCCACAGGGGGCCUGCGACACCACGGCGGUGCCCGACCUCAUCCACUACAACCAAAAGGAGCGCGACUUCCUCGUCAACAUGGCGGGCUGCGAAUGGGGCCGCGACUGCUGGGGUGAGAUGUACAACUUCCGCGAGCUCAGCUACUACCUGAACCGGAACCCGUGGGAGCGUUUCAAGGAAGAUCUGAUUGCAGAGAUCUGGUACAAGAUCACAGGCCAUCGUGUCAAGUUAUGA